AUCUCUAUUGGGAAGGGUUCUGCAUUAUUUACAGGAAAUCUAAACUCACGACACAGAAAAGAUGACGACAAUCUCUUCAAAAACAAAUCACCAGUUUGAUCUAAAGUCAUCGGAAUUUCUUUCAUCGAUAGCAAUAUUAUUGACUGUUUUCUUAAUCAUAAAAAUAAUUCUUGGUUGGAGGCACAGACCACCUGGCCCUUGGGGAAUCCCGUUGUUCGGACACCUGCCUUUUCUUGGGUCAAGACCUUUGAAUAAGUUCAAAGAGUAUCAGGAAAAGUAUGGAGAUGUCUUCCUUUUACGAUUUGGGUCCUGGCCAACCGUUAUAAUUAAUGGUCUGGACACCGUAAAAUCGACGCUUACUAAUGACUCAGAUAGUUUUGCCGCACGACCGCCAUUAUUUUCAAUCAAAAGCUUGAACGACAUGAAAGGUCUCACUUUUAGCAAUUUUGAUGAAAGAUACUUGUUGCAUCGUAAAAUUUCGAGUAGCGUUAUAAGGGAAAUAGGAAGUACAAAUAAUUCUGAGUUAGAAGAAAUAAUGCAGGACGAGUCCAGCUUACUAGUGUCCAGUUUUAUGGAACAUAAAGGCGAACCAUUCAACCCCAGAGACUUAAUAUACACUGCUACGGGUAGUAUCAUCUACCAGUUUUGUUACGGUAAAGGUAAUAAUAUACGGGAUGAUCCGGCCUUCUUGAAAGUAAUGAAAGACCAAGCCUUAAUCUUAGAAUUUCUUUCUGCUGGAAGCUAUUUUGAUAAUCUUCCAUGGCUGAAAUAUAUCUUUCCAGGACGUUUCAAAAGGUUUUUGAAUUUUAUUGACAAUUUUAGGAAAGCUCGAAACGAAAAUGGAGCCGAGAUGAUAAAAACGUUUCACCCGGGUCAUUCUCGCCAUGCCAUGGAUGGUCUCUUAAACGCUUGCUUGAAGUACACAAUAACAGAAACUCCAAACAAAGUAGGAUUGACCAAGAGUCAGCUGGUUGACACACUUCAAGACUUUUUUGCAGCUGGAUUUGAGACGACCGCUACUACUUUAAGAUGGAUUUUCUUAUAUCUUGCUGAAUAUCAAGAUACUCAGAUAAAAAUACAAAAAGAAAUAGACGAAAAAAUUGGAAGAAACAAAAUCAUAUCUGUGAAGGAUCGUCGCAAUUUACCAUAUACUGAGGCAGUCAUUUUGGAGAUCAUGAGAAUAGCACCAGUUGUUCCCUUGGGAUUGCCUCAUCUUACAACUACCGACGUAAUUGUAAACAAUAAUAAGAUAGAAAGAGAAACAGUUGUCUUCUUUAACAUUUUCUCGGCUAUGCACGAUGAUUACUGGGGUAAUCCUUCUGAGUUCCAACCUGAUCGAUUUCUGGAUGAAGAUGGAAAUCUGAUAAAAGAAAAAGUUGACAAUGUACUGGCAUUUAGCGCAGGACGACGUGUAUGUAUCGGCAAAAUGAUAGCACAAGCUGAGUUGUUUUACCUGGUGACUACUUUACUUCAAAAUUGUAAGAUUUACAAACCUAAAAAUGAGAAAUACGAUCUUGAAGGUGAACAGGGUUCGAGUUACUCUCCAAAAGGAUAUAAAAUAUGCGUGGAAGCCAGAUAAGUUAUUCGUGUCGAUUUCUACGAUAGCGCAACUCAGGAAAGAACAUCUCAUGUACAAGUUUUAGUCAAAAUACUGUUUUAAAGAAUUCAUGGAUAUCAUAUCAUCUCUUUCAUAAUUUAAUCAAAAAUGUUCGUGAUCAAUUAUCUUAGUGAUAAGGAAUUAACGUUUACUUAAUUACACGCCUAAGUUUUGUGUAUUUUUUUUAUGAAUUAUAAAAUAAAUGUUAUCUGAUCCUUAUGUAUAGUACAUGUAUACGUUUCCUUGAUAUGCCAUAUAUAUCUAGUUGGAUGGGAUGGUCGAACUGGAAUAUAUGUAUGAUGUAAUGCUGUUGAUGCUGUUCUCAGGAUA